AAAACCAAGAUGGCGGUGGUUUACUAACCCUUCACUUCCUGUUUAGGAACGAAAACAUUCAAAAUGUGUUAGUUCUCUUGUGGCUAAAUCGACCUAAUACGGCUUAAAUCGAAGUCUGAACGAGAUAGGAAAUUAUCUUUACUGGAACAACAUGGGAUCUCUAUUUAGCAAGAAGAAAGAGCCUGGGCCUGAAAAACCAAAGAUUACAGAACAAGACAAAGCAGUUUUGGCAUUGAAGCAGCAGAGGGACAAGUUAAAACAAUACCAGAAAAAGAUACAACUCAAUCUUGAAAAAGAAAGACAAUUGGCAAAAAAGUUGUUGCAGGAAGGAAAGAAAAAUAAAGCAAAGCUUCUGCUUAAGAAAAAGAGAUACCAGGAACAGACAUUGGAGAGGACAGACAACCAGCUGGAGAACUUAGAAAAAAUGGUACAAGAUGUUGAGUUUGCUCAAAUUCAACUUCAAGUAGCUGAUGGACUGAAGCAAGGAAAUGAAGCUCUGAAGAAAAUGCAUGAGAUAAUGUCCAUUGAAGAUGUAGAAAGAAUAAUGGAUGAAACCAGGGAAGGAAUUGAGUAUCAGAGGGAGAUUGACGAACUUUUAAGUGGAAGUUUGACUCAGGAAGAUGAAGAUGCUGUGUUACAAGAAUUAGAGGAGAUGACAAAGUCUGUGACAGAGAAGCUUCCAGAAGUACCAACAGAAGAACCAUUACCAGAAGUUCCCUCAGAAGAACCUGUUGAGAAAAGACCACAGAAGGAAAAGAAAGAUGAAAGAAAAGCAGAAGUGGUCCCAGCAUUAUAGACAUAGCUGGAGUGUUUCUAUCAUGAUGAUCAAAUUAAUUCAUGUUACC